UGUGCGAUUCCAGUCACCUUAUUUUCUCAGCAGGCGAUCAGUUAUUUCCUCAACGUCGUCGCUUUGGGGAUGUCACCCGCCGGAGAGCCCGUGAGGGUGCAGGCCAUAGCCCAAACCCGCAACUCCGUUGUGCCUCCUCAGUACGUACAACCCCCAGAAACCCGACCUGCCGCAAAGCUGACCCAUCAUCAUAAGAACGAGGCGGCUGAGCUAUCUCCGCCGUCGAUUAAUGUCGCCGGAGAAGACACCGGCCGCCUCAAAGACGAGAUAGGGCUGGCCUGCAGAGAUUGGGGGGCGUUUAGCGUAGUCAAUCAUGGGGUACCGAUUGAAUUGCUGGAUCAGAUGAGGCGAGUGGGGAAAUCAUUCUUUGAGGAAUGUGAUAUGGAGCAGAAGCUCAAGUAUUCUUGUGAUCCUAAUUCGCCGGCUUCCGAGGGUUAUGGUAGCCGGAUGCUGCUAGCUGACAACGACAGCGUUUUGGAUUGGAGGGACUAUUUUGAUCACCAUACCUUGCCUCUGUCGAGGCGGAAUCCGGCUAAGUGGCCUCAUUAUCAGCCUAAUUACAGAGAAGUAGUGGCAGAAUACAGUGAUCAGAUGAAAGUCCUUGCUCAGAGAUUGUUGGGUUUGAUAUCGGAGAGUCUUGGUCUGCCAUCUUCAUGCAUUGAAGAGGCUGUUGGUGAGUUCUGUCAGAACAUUACAGUGGGUUAUUACCCUCCUUGUCCACAGCCAGACCUUACUCUUGGUCUGCAGUCGCAUUCUGAUAUGGGUGCUGUCACGCUUCUUAUCCAAGAUAACGUUGAGGGUCUUCAAGUGUUCAAGGAUGGAGAAUGGAUAACAGUACGUCCAUUGCACGAUGGUAUCUUAGUUCUCUUGGCUGACCAAACUGAGAUCAUAACAAAUGGCAAAUACAGAAGUUGUCAACAUCGCGCACUUACAAACGCUGAAAGAGCGAGACUUUCAGUUGCCACAUUCCACGAUCCUGCAAAAACUAGGAAAGUAUUCCCAGCUUUUGAACCUCCUAUAUACCAUGAAGUCAUGUAUGGGGAUUAUGUCUCCUCAUGGUACACAAAGGGGCCGGAAGGGAAAAGGAACAUUGAUGCACUUCUGAUCAAAUACUGAAUGCAAAGAUAGUGAAACCGUGAAACCGUGACCAUGAGCAUGAUUUUCCAAAUACCAUAGUGAAACCGUGACCAUGAUUUACAUUUCUUCAAUUUCAUAUGGUACAAAUCAUGUAAAGAACAUUAGCUUUCAAUACAGUGCAAUGAAAAGCAGCUGAAUUAGCUGUAAUUUAUUUUA